AGCCACCCACACCUCCCAUUCGGCCGCCAUCGUUCACCACCUCCAUUCACACUGUCCAAACUCACAACCCCACCAUUAACCAACCACCAAAGCAACCCACACCAAUUCAAACCCCCUGUAAUAAUAAACUUUCAUCUCAACAACCAAAUCACUUUUCUCAAAAACCCUCUUCAUCCCCCCUCAAGAUUCAAACUUUAUCCAAUACCCAUCACUAAUUCAUCCUCAAUAUUAAAACCCAGAAGCAAAUUCUUCAAUUUUGUAAACUUUAUCCCAUACCCAUUACUAGUUCUUCAAAAGUCAUCAAUUUUCAAACUUUACUCAAUACCCAUCACUAGUUCAUUAAGUUCCAAACUUUUUAUCCAAAAUCCAUCACUAAUUCAUCCUCAAUUUCAAAACCCAGAAGCAAAUUCUCAAACUUUAUCCAAUACCCAUCAUUUGUUCAUCAAGAUUUACAAGACCCACCUCUUUGAUCCUCAAAUCUUUCAAAUUAUCCAUCAAGUUUCAAACUUUAUCCAAAACCCACCACUAAUUCAUCCUCAAUUUCAAAACCCAGAAACCAAUUCGAUAAAUUCGAUGUCGAUUUAUAAGACGAAUUUCUUUGAUCCUCAAUCGGCAGCUGAGAAGGCGGUGUCGGUAAUCGGGUACGGGUAUGAUCUCACUUGCGAUAUCCGGCUAACCGGGUGUAAACCCGGACCGUCCGGGUCAACACUGAUUGAACUCGGUGGAACCCUAAGUAAGGAUCUGGUGGUUCCUGGUGGUGUUGUUGUUCCCGAUGUUUCUCCGGCGAUUAAGUGCGAUAAAGGUGAUCGGACCCGGUUUCAUUCAGAUGUUCUUUCCUUCAAUCAAAUGUCAGAGCAAUUCAACCAGGAACUAUCAUUAUCCGGUAAGAUACCAUCCGGGCUCUUCAAUUCGAUGUUUGGUUACAAAGGAUGUUGGCAAAAGGACGCACCGAUGACAAAAAAUCUAGCAUUUGAUGGUUGGUUUAUUACAUUAUACAACAUCGAGUUAGCGAAAACACAGAUCGCGUUAUCCGAGAAGGUGAAGCAAGAAGUGCCGUCUUCAUGGGAUCCUACGGCUCUCGCUGAGUUUAUCGAUAAAUACGGUACUCAUAUAGUUGUCGGGGUAAAGAUGGGGGGUAAAGAUGUAAUUUACCUAAAGCAGCUACAAAGUUCAAAUCUUGAGCCAACAGAAGUGCAGAAUUUGUUAAAGCAAUUAGCCGAUGAUGAAUUUUCUAAGCAUGAAUCUGAAGCUUCUGUUUCGGGAUUUGAUAAAUCAUUAAAGGAAAAGGAUGAACGGUCCGUAGCUUGGGAUCUCCCUCCUAUACUCGCGAAUUCUCUAAGACCGUCUGUCGUGUCACGAUCUAAGAAGGAUGAUCUAUUGAGCAUUCAUGUUCGCCGAGGAGGUAUUGAUAAAGGUCAAAGCCACAAAAGUUGGCUUUCGACUGUUUCGCAAGCACCAAACGUCAUUUCUAUGUCCUUUAUUCCAAUCGUUGCACUUUUAAGCGGUGUUCGUGGUAGUGGAUUUUUAAGCCACGCCAUCAAUUUGUACCUUAGAUACAAACCACCAAUCGAGGAGCUUGAACAAUUUUUAGAGUUCCAAUUGCCACGACAAUGGGCCCCGGCAUACGGUGAUCUUCCGCUCGCUCCUAGACGCAAGAAAACCCCAUCUCCUUCGCUUCAGUUCACUUUCUUGGGUCCUCGCCUCUAUGUCAACACCACCAAGGUCGAUUCUGAGAACAGGCCAGUGACUGGGGUACGGUUAUACUUAGAAGGACGGAAGAGUGAUCGGCUAGCCAUCCAUCUGCAACACCUAUCUUCGAUUCCUAAACUGCUUGAACUCACUGACGAUUUCACCUAUAAACCUAGCGACGAGCCGAUCGGAAAAGGCUAUCUAGAACCCGUCAAAUGGAGCAUAUUCUCCCAGGUCUGCACUCUCCCGGUCGAGUACACUGAGACCCGCAUUGACGACUCCGCUUUCAUCGUCACCAAAGCUUGGUUCGAAGUCAAAGGUCUGGGCUUAAAAAAGACUCUCUUUCUUCGGUUAGGAUACUCGAUGGUUGCGUCUGCAAAGAUCCGACGGUCAGAAUGGGACGGGCCAUCCAUGCACUCGCGGAAGUCGGGACUUAUGUCAACGUUAAUGAGCACACCGUUUAGUAUGGGGCUUACUGCACCUGAACCGAAGCCCGUAAAGGUGGAAUUGAAUUCGGCUAUAUAUCCUGAUGGCCCGCCUUUACGAACACCGAAAAUGUCGUCGUUUGUUGAUACUCGGGAAAUGGUGAGGGGCCCGGAAGACCCGCCGGGGUACUGGGUGGUCAGCGGAGCGAAGUUAUGUGUGGAGGGUGGUAGAAUUAGAGUGAAAGUUAAGUAUUCUCUGUUGACAAUAAUGUCUGAGGAUUCUAUGUUUAUGUGACACAACAUUUUAAGGAUUAGGUAUUGUUUGUAUUAUUAUUAUUAUUAAUCAUCCUUUGUACAUGCUGUAUUAUCAACUGUACAUUUUGUAUCUCAGUUAUGUUAAUUGGAGAUUCAAAUUAUCAACUG